CUCACGGGGUUGGGUCGAACCCACACUUGUCACGAACAGGAGCACUCUUCCCGUUCCCACACGCCGCACUCCGUUCCCCGAUUGGUUCGCCGCCGCCGCCCCCGUCCCCGUCAACCUCCUCGAUUCCGGCCGCCGUCUCUCGGCACCACCCGAGCCGCGCAUGGACAUCGACUCCGAACCGCCCGCUGAGAGCAAGCCUACCCAGAUGGACCUCGAGGACCAGGCGGACGCCGAGGGGAAGGGGAACGACGAGGAGCUCGCGGACUCCAUCGGGGGCCUAUCCAUUGCCCCGGGCCGCACAAACUUCAAGAAGAAGCCGGUGAUCGUCCUCGUCAUCGGCAUGGCCGGGACGGGGAAGACCACCUUCAUGCACCGUCUGGUGUGCCAUAUGCAGGCAUCGACGAACAUGAGGGGAUACGUGCUCAACCUUGACCCUGCGGUGAUGACGCUGCCAUUUGGGACCAACAUUGAUAUCCGCGACACCGUGCGUUACAAGGAGGUGAUGAAAGAGUACGGACUCGGUCCCAAUGGUGGCAUUCUUACCUCACUCAACCUCUUCUCAACCAAGUUUGAUGAGGUUAUAUCUGUUAUUGAAAGCCGAGCAGACCAGCUGGAUUAUGUGCUGGUGGAUACCCCAGGGCAGAUUGAAAUCUUCACUUGGUCGGCUUCAGGAGCUAUCAUAACUGAAGCUUUUGCAUCGACAUUUCCAACGGUUGUUGCAUAUGUGGUUGACACCCCCAGGUCAACAAACCCUGCAACCUUUAUGAGCAACAUGAUGUAUGCGUGCAGUAUCCUCUACAAGACCCGUCUGCCUCUGGUGCUGACAUUCAACAAGGUUGAUGUAACCAAGCACGAGUUUGCUCUUGAGUGGAUGCAAGACUUUGAAGCAUUUCAGACAGCUUUGGAUUCCGACUCAUCAUACUCCUCUUCAUUUACCCGGAGUCUCUCCCUUGUGUUGGAUGAAUUCUACACGAAACUACGCUCUGUUGGAGUAUCAGCGGUAUCUGGCACUGGAGUUGCUGCAUUUUUUGAAGCUAUAGAAGCAAGUGCCAAAGAAUACAUGGAUACUUAUAGGGCUGAUCUUGACAAGAGGAUUGCUGAGAAGGAGAGACUAGAGGCUGAGCGCAGGAACGAGAACAUGGAAAGACUGAGAAGAGAUAUGGAGAAGUCCAAAGGACAAACUGUGGUGCUCAGCACUGGUUUGAAGGACAGAAUUCCCUCUUCAGAAAUGAUGGACGAUGUGGACGAGGAGGAAGAAGAGGAGGCGGUAGAGGAUUUCAGAUUUUGCGAGAUUGAUGAUGAUGAUGAUGAAGAUGAAGACGAAGGAGAAGAUGAGGAAGUGGCUCAUUUUGGCCUUUAAGGUCGAUGGAAUCGAACAGAAGAGGGCGCUUGCUUCUGGAGGACCCUGUCAGGAGUGGCGCUUCUGCUUCCAGGUUCUUAAGGUGGAAAUGAAGUGCUGUUCGAUAUCACUCUGUAGGUCGCUGACCGACUGACGCUAGCAGUAGCCUGUAAAUCAACUUGCACCACGUCGAACCCGCUGGAAUGAAUCAAUCCCAUUCCCAUCCCGUCGAUGAAUUGAAUUGUUUUCGCGUA